AUGAAAAUUAAAUUCGAUGCCGAAAUUGUGGGUGACUACUGGACAAGCUGUGAGAAUCGAUGGAAUAUCGAACUUGGCAAGCAUCGUCACAAACGAUUGUUCAUGAAUCCAAUGGCAAUUGGAGCGAGUCUUGAAGAGGGUUACAGUCAAUUUGAGAAUGAACAUGGAAGUGAAAGACUAGAAGGAAUUCUUGCAUUUAUUCUGAAGACGGCAAGAUUUGCAAUGCCAUUGAAAGAGAUGAUUCAAUCCGAUUUCGUUUGUCGUCGUGGACUUCUCCGCAACAUUUCUAUCAAUAAAAACUCCACAACCUAUAUCAGUUUCUAUGCAGUUCGUCACCGAGGAGUAAUCUUUCUCUGUGAAGACAAAGAGAAUGAUACUCCUGAUAAACUUCGUCGUGCCAUGUAUUACUCUCUUAAAUUUGAGCAAUUGAUGACUCUUCCGCAAACGAGCAGAGUGGCUGCAUCCAAGACACACGAGACGAAGGCUGUGAUUCAGGCUUGUCUCAAGAAAGAGGGUGAGGAGGAUGUUCGUAUUUAUUAUGCGGCUGAAAUCGACUGUCUCAAUGAAGCCGGGUCACCAGUUGAGUUCCGAACAAUCAGUAAACCAUUGGAGAGUGGAUGGGAUAAGAAUAGAACAAUGGCUUGGUAUAUGCAUUGCUUUUUAGCCAAUGUCAAGACAGUUUAUGUCGGAGAAAGACAACGACUUUGUUUGAGAGAUAUCAAGUCAAUCGACACCGAGAACAUCUACACCCACCGUACUCAACCGUGGGACCGUGAAUCUUGCAUUGAACACAUCUUCACUACUCUCACUUUCGUCAGACAUUAUAUGACACAAGAUGGAAUGGCAUUGAAGUUCACAGCCAUCAAUGGUACAAACUACGUGUCAACUACUGAAUUCGGGGCCUACAUUGUUCCGGAGAACUUUCUUCGUCAUUUUCCUUUCUGA